AGCGGUUAAUUUAAAAACGAGAGUUUACGCUCAAAUAUGUGGAGGAGUUGAGGUAGGCCUUCUUGAGAAGUUCGCUCCAAUUUUCACCACCCGGCUGGUGUAGAAACACACUCUCUCUCUCUCUCUCUCUCUCUCUGUUCAGCCACCAUGCAACACUACUGGAAAAGUAGCAAAUGCUACAGUUACAAUUAAGGAACCACGCCUUUACCGUCCUUUUCUCUGCUUGAAUGACUGUAUUUAUACCAGCAGACCUCGGGCGACUAACCACCUCGACCAACUGUUGCGUCUCUCUCACUCUCUCUCUGUAUUUUAGAGAAACGCAGGCUGAAGGAUUGUUUCUUUCAGUAUUUUAUUAUCGCGAGCGGAGAGCCAGUCGUCGACCCCGGAGCCUGGGGGUCCUGACCAGUAGCUCAGAGCAGACAAGCUGAGGAGAAGCGUCGGUCCAGUCAGUCCCCGCAACCCCCGCUCUGAAACAAGGGACUGCUGCCCUCGUCAACACACCGCAGACAUGGAGUAUUUAAAUAUCUUUUUUUUAUUGUGUUUUUCUUGCAAACAGUUUAUUUCCAAUGCCCACUCAUCUGACAGCAAUCAACAGCCAAUUCCAACAGAGAAGUUGUUGGUUCUAACUGUUGCCACUCAGGAAACCGAUGGUUAUCUCCGAUUCAUACAGUCAGCCAACUACUUCAACUACACUGUCAAGGUGCUGGGCAUGGGGGAGCAGUGGAGGGGUGGGGACGUGGGGCACUCCAUCGGAGGAGGACAGAAGGUGAGACUACUGAAGGAGGCCAUGGAGGGACUGAGGGACCAAGAAGACCUGGUGGUGCUGUCUGUAGACAGUUAUGAUCUUAUCUUUGCCGGGGGACCUGAGGAAAUCCUCAGGAAGUUCCAGGAGGCCAAUCACAAUGUUCUGUUUGCUGCCGAAGGUCUGAUCUGGCCUGAUAAACGCCUACAGGAGAAAUACCCCUCUGUCCGCAGCGGCAAGCGCUUCCUCAACUCAGGAGGCAUCAUCGGUUACGCCCCGUAUGUGAACAAGAUUGUGGAGCAGUGGAACCUUCACGAGAAUGAUGACGAUCAACUAUUCUACACCAAAAUAUACCUGGACUCUUUUCAGAGGGAGACUUUGAACAUUGGUUUGGACCACAAGUCUCAGAUUUUCCAGAAUUUAAAUGGAGCAAUUGACGAGGUUCUCUUGAAGUUUGGAACGAAAAGUGCCCGAGUGAGAAACACUGUGUACGACACCCUGCCAGUGGUCAUCCAUGGCAACGCAAACACCAAAAUGUAUUUAAACUAUCUAGGAAACUACAUCCCCAAUGCCUGGAACUAUGAGAGAGGCUGUGGCGUCUGUGACCACAACAUGGUGGAUUUGUCUCAGCUUAAAGUUACGCUGUGCAAAGCCAUGCAGAGACAUGACUGGGGGCUGUGUCGUAAGGACCCAGGCUGUGACUUCUACCUCAGUAUGGACGCUGACGUGAUGCUCACCAACAGACAGACCCUGAAAAUCCUCAUCGAGCAGAACAGGAAAAUAAUUGGUCCCCUUGUCACUCGUCACGGCAAGCUGUGGUCCAACUUCUGGGGAGCGUUGAGUCUGGACGGUUACUACGCCCGUUCCGAAGACUACAUCGACAUCGUGCAGAGCAAGCGUGUGAGUGUAUGGAACAUUCCCUACAUGGCUCAUAUAUACUUGAUAAAGGGAGAGGUCCUGAGAAACCAGCUGAAGGAGAGGAACCAUUUUGUUUUGGAGAAACUGGAUCCUGACAUGGCUCUGUGCAGACACGCUAGAGAACUGACCAAUCACAGAGAGAAAGACUCCCCCAACCCGGAAACAUUCCAUAUGCUCAGAGUUCCAAAGGGAAUGUUCAUGUACAUUACAAACCGUCAUGAGUUUGGAAGGCUAAUUUCCACAGCUAACUUUAACACGUCACAUUACAACAGUGAUCUGUGGCAAAUAUUUGAGAAUCCAGUGGACUGGAAGGAGAAAUACAUCCACCCCAACUACACACACAUCUUCACAGAGAACUACCUAGAAGAGCCGUGUCCAGAUGUGUUCUGGUUCCCGGUCUUCACGGAGCGGGCCUGCGACGAGCUGGUGGAGGAGAUGGAACACUACGGGUCCUGGUCGGGAGGCAACCACGAGGACAAGCGGAUCACCGGCGGCUAUGAGACCGUGCCGACCGAUGACAUUCACAUGAAGCAGAUCGGUUACGAUAAGGAGUGGCUGCACUUCAUCAGAGAGUUCAUCUCCCCCGUCACUCUCAAAGUCUUCUCCGGUUACUACACCAAGGGCUAUGCAUUGAUGAACUUUGUAGUGAAGUACACCCCUGGCAGGCAGGCUUACCUGAGACCCCAUCAUGACUCCUCCACAUUCACCAUCAACGUUGCUCUCAACAGCAAAGGAACUGACUUCCAGGGUGGUGGCUGUCGGUUCCACAGGUAUAACUGCUCGGUAGAUUCUCCCAGGAAGGGCUGGAGCUUCAUGCACCCAGGCCGUCUGACGCACCUCCAUGAAGGCCUGCCCACCACCAACGGAACACGCUACAUCGCCGUCUCCUUCAUCGACCCUUGAACCUUCACACUCUACACUAGCAUUUUAUUAGUUUUUAUUUUUUGCUGUUUUUGUUUUCGUUGUUGUUUUCGUUGUUAAUUUGAUCUGGGUUUUUUUUUGUCCUAAUGAUGCAGUGCCUUAUUGAUGUUGUCAUCGUGACAUUUUUUGGAUGCAAUUUACCCCCCCCCCCCCCUCCCCAAAAAAAUCAUUUUUUUUUUGUUUUUGUUGAAAAGAACACAAGACUGCAAAGGAUUUGUAGGUAAGGUCAUACCAGAGUCAGCCAAUCACCUUCAUUUGAAACUCUCUGUCAAAUAGAGUGUGGUGCCUAAACACGAUGCCUGUAAUUCACCAUCUGCAUUUCACGUCAAAUAUAGUAGAGCCUUCAUACUUCACAUCACUCAGAGUUUAAUCAUUCUAAUCAAUUUGUCAGUAAUCCCACCCAUAAUCCUAAAAAAUUAGUCAGUAAUCCCAUCCAUAAUCCUGAUCAAUUAGUCAGUAAUCCCACCCAUAAUCCUGAUCGAUUAGUCAGUAAUCCCACCCAUAAUCCUGAUCGAUUAGUCAGUAAUCCCACCGAUAAUCCUGAUCGAUUAGUCUAAUCCCACCGAUAAUCCUCAUCGAUUAGUCAGUAAUCCCACCCAUAAUCCUGAUCAAUUAGUCAGUAAUUUGAUCCAUAAUCCUUAACAAUUAAUCAGUAAUCCCACCCAUAAUCCUGAACAAUUAGUCACUAGUCCCACCCAUAAUCCUAAUCAAUUCAUCAGUAAUCCCACCCAUACUCCUGAUCAAUUUGUCUGUAAUCCCACCCAUAAUCCUGAACAUAUAGUCAGUAAUCCCACCCAUAAUACUAAUCAAUUUGUCAGUAAUUCCACCCAUAAUCCUAAUCAAUUUGUCAGUAAUCCCACCCAUAAUCCUAAUCAAUUAGUCAGUAAUCCCACCCAUAAUCCUAAUCAAUUUGUCAGUAAUCCCACCCAUAAUCCUGAUGAAUUUGUCAGUAAUCCCACCCAUAAUCCUGAUGAAUUUGUCAGUAAUCCCACCCAUAAUCCUGAACAAUUUGUCAGUAACCCACCCAUAAUCCUGGACACUUAUUCACUAGUCCCACCCAUCAUCCUGAUCAAUUUGUCAGUAAUCCCACCCAUAAUCCUGGACAAUUAUUCACUAGUCCCAACCAUAAUCCUAAUCAAUUCAUCAGUAAUCCCACCCAUAAUCCUAAUCAAUUUGUCAGUAUUCCCACCCAUAAUCCUGAUCAAUUUGUCAGUAAUCCCACCGAUAAUCCUAAUCAAUUCAUCAGUAAUCCCACCCAUCAUCCUAAUCAAUUUGUCAGUAAUCCCACCCAUAAUCCUGAUGAAUUUGUCAGUAAUCCCACCCAUAAUCCUGAUGAAUUAGUCAGUAAUCCCACCCAUCAUCCUAAUCAAUUCAUCAGUAAUCCCACCCAUAAUCCUGGACACUUAUUCACUAGUCCCACCCAUAAUCCUGAUGAAUUUGUCAGUAAUCCCACCCAUAAUCCUGAUGAAUUUGUCAGUAAUCCCACCCAUAAUCCUGGACACUUAUUCACUAGUCCCACCCAUAAUCUAAAGGAAAUAUGUGUUAAGGGUUAUUCUGCCAACAGGCAUCUUGUUUUUACCUGUUUUAGCUCAGUUACCUGUUUGUCUGGUUAACCUGUACUUUAAAGGGUAGUUUUAAAACCAUUGUCCAUCCAUGUUCUGUCCACCCAUUUUAAGAGCGUUGGAUUGCAGUUUGUUACCUGAUGUUAAUACGACCGACAUGCCUGAUUAAAUAUAUUUUUUUUGUUUUUUGCACACCAGAUAAAAACAUGAAUUACAGCAGAAUUUAAUAUGAAUUCUGUUUGAAUGAAGUUGGAUAUUGUCAAAAAUGUUUUACUUGAAAUGGUUUUUUUUUUACAUCGCAGGGCAACAUCACAGGAGAUGUUUACUUUCUCUGGAAGUUGUUUGUGAAUGAACUUUGAACCUCAGCCAGUUCAAGUGCUUAACUUAUUGUGAAAUGGAUGGAACCGUAAUAAAAUUUGUAAAAAACCAAA